AUGAGAUAUGAAUACCUCAGCCAGCUGUUAGUAGGAGCAUCGACCCUGGGCAGGACAGUUGCAGAGCCAUGCGUGCUUCAAAAUUGUGCUCAAAACGCGCUUGGAUUCGCAUACAUGUACGGCUACCCGCUUCAUGCUCUUAGCCUCUUCCUCAAGCCGUACAAUAACUCGGCCAAGACGAACCACUUGUAUCAUGAGCGGGACGUGGCAUCACCAGGAGCCAUUGCCGUUGUGCGGCCAAAUGUGGACACUGUCUAUUCUAUAUGGUUUCUCGACCUUUCCACGUCCGAGUUGAACUUUACCGUUCCAGAAUUUGAUGAUCGUUACUGGGCGCAGUCAUUCCUCGACCUUUAUGCAAACAACGUUGCAAACAUUGGCAGCAUUGGCAAAGACAAACCUGGCAGCUACUUGGUGAGAUAUGCGCCGGACGGCCCCGGCGUACAAUACACUGGUGUCCAAGGAGGCUACCGGGCAUACAUCAAUCUUCCUACGCCUUACGGUAUAAGUAUCACAGGAGUACUCGUCAAGAACAAACCCGGAGAUAUAGACAAUGUCCACCAGUACCAGAAUAAGAUGUCAAUCGUCAAGCACCGUGGUUUCAGUGUCAGCGACAUUCCGCCUUUCAACCUGACCACUUUCACAGACCAGUACUAUCAACCAGGACCAAACGUCUCACUGGAACUUGCAGUUCUCAGAUUAACAGCUGUAUUCUCCGAACACAACAAGCCCGUCGUCCCCCAGGAUAGAUCAUGGGUCGCAAAUCUCCUUUCCAACGCAGGCAUUGCCAACGGAUGCUUCAACCAACCACCAAAUACCAAUUUGAGCGCCGCAUCUGCAGCAGCCGAUACAUCAGUCGCAGCAAUACGCACAAUGCCGGGCAUUAUCCAAAAUAUGGGGAACAAUUGGACGCUUACACAACCAAUGGGAUAUUAUGGCUCUUUUUACCAGAUGCGGUAUUCCAUCGCAAUACGAGGAUACCUCGCCAUAACGAAAGAGCAAACAGUGUACCCAGUCUCGCCAGCCAUGAAACUGGCGCCGGAUGAGGCGUGUGUCUUCCGAUUUUCGCGUAAACCUCGCCUCUCUGAAGGAGGAUUCUGGAGCUUGACCGCAUAUAACCAGGACCUGUUUUUGAUCCCUAACCCCCUGAAGCGAUAUGCUCUUGGGGAUCGUAGUAGCAUGACGUUUCCUGAUGGGAGCAGCCUAUCAGGGAAAUCGGAUGGACCUUUUGAGAUCUUGAUUCAGCCAAGUGAUGUGACGCCGCCUGCUAACUGGACAAGCAAGGAGUGGCCCUUUCUCAUGAGGUUUUACGGAGCCGAUGACGAAAUGACAAAUGGCACAUACGUGUAUCCCGAGUUCCACAUACGAAAAGCCAUACGCCAAUCCUAA